AUGUUUAAAAACACUAGUUCAACGCAAGAAGAGGUUACUAACAAAUUUAUAGAGGAGUUUUACAAGGAGUCUUUGGGUAUAGAAGACAAGGAACGAGAAUUAGAAAAAUAUAAAGAAACGAUUACAGACUUGGAAAAUCGUAUUAGGGAGUUAGAAGUUGAUAAGAAGGAACAAGGAGCGAGUUUAUCUCACAAAAAAGUUAAGGAUAACCCUGGUCAAACAAAGAAAAAUUCUUCAAGCAGGAGGCGUAAAAGUCGGAAAAAUUUAGAUACACAACAUUAUUCAAAUGGAAAGAUCACUGAGCUUUCUGAUUGUUACAACUGCGAUGAAAUGGACGUAUUGGACGAAGAAAUAUUUGAAUGUAUAAGAGAUGUUGGUUAUGUGGAGAAAAUUACAGAAUGGUCGUCAAUAUUUCUCCGGAUGUUUUAUUCUGAUUUAACACCAUUGGAACUAAGUAAGAAAUUUGGUUGGCAAGCAGUUAAGAAAAUUGUAACAGGAAAUGAUAUUACUGAUGGAGAAAUUAUUAGAGAAAAUAUUAAGAAAUAUGGAGGAUUUUUCGGAAAAGUCAUUCGGGUUAUCAAAAUUAAAUAUAUCCUUUUAUACUUUAACAACGAAAAUGAAAUAAUGAACACGUUCUACAAAUCAGGAAUGGAAGAUGAAAUAGGGCAAGGGCUACAAUUAAAAGACAGUCUAACAGAUCUAAAGAUUUUGAACGACAAGAUUGAUGAUUUGUUUCUAGUGACAGAAUUAAGGAAAUUAAUGGCAAUGAACCAACAGGUAGUAUUAAAGGAAACCAAGGACGGUGAUAAUAUUAAUGAAAACAAGAAACAUGUUGCGCAAAUUCAAGGUUCUCGAGGGGAUGAUGAUAGUAAAGGGAGUGAAUGA